CUGCAUUAUUUCAGAUUCAGCUUCGAUCAAGAGGUCCUCUCUUAUUCAUAUACAGCCAUAGACGGUGUGAUUAACUACUCUAACAGCUAUGUCGAUCUACCGUUGAACAUCUCCUCGUCAUCAAUCUGUGCUGUGUGCUACUCUUAUAUAAUUUUCUAUGUGUACAAGAUGACCCAUCUCUAUGGCAAAGGAGCGGUGGGGAGCAAGAAUCGACUGAAGGAGUACAGAUACGCACUACAAUUCUGUGCAAUCUCCAUCUUCUACCUCUCAGCUUGGGUAACGUUCCGAGUGUUUCCUGUGCUGAUAGGAACCAGAGGAGUCGAGUAUUUCAUUGUCAUUUCAAUGUGUGUGACAGUGAACUCAUCUGCCAACGCUUUUGUUUACAUUACAUCAAAUCAAGAGAUAUAA